AUGUUUGUCACUCAUGGGAAAACCUCCCGAUUCGAUCCUGAGGCCACUCAUCCUCAACCUGAGUUUGGCAGGAUAGAUAUCUGUUUGACGCAAUCCCUCUGCGGUUUCACUGGCAUAACAACCAUCGGAAGUACCUGCGACCCCGUUAAAGGUGCGGCUGUUGUAAAGGACGACGGGUUGAGGACCGGGUACAACAUCGCUCAUCAAAUCGGACACACGCUUGGCAUGUUCCACGACUCCAAAGAGGAGAACGGCUGUUCAGGAAUCACUGUGCACCGAGACGGUUACAUUGAAACUUCCGUAAUGUAUUCCGGAAAUCCUUACGUCACAAAAGGGUGGUCCAAAUGUUCACAGAGCAGCAUCAAGGCGUACUUACAAUCUGGAAUGGGCACCUGCCUCGAGGACGAGGCGCAGGACCAUCAUUUCAUUGGUAACAAGAUGUUACCCGGUGUCAUGUACAAUGGUGAUGACCAAUGCCGACUUUACUAUCGCCAGGACGUCCGCCAGUGUGAUUUGGGACUCUGGUGCUACCAAAUGAAGUGUCUGCCGAUUGGCGAACGUCCCGGAGCCAUUGACGCUAAUUGGGGCGCCUGGUCACCCUGGAGCCGGUGUUCCCGGACUUGUGGUUCAGGCGUGGCGUUUUCUGAAAGAAAGUGCAAUCAUCCGAGGCCUUCAAACGGCGGUGAAAUAUGCGAAGGCAUCAAAAAGCGUCACAAAAUUUGCGCGACUGAACCGUGUGAGAUCGGAACACCAUCCUUCCGCGACGUACAGUGCGCAGAAUUUGACGACUGGGUCUUUCCGGAGGACGGAAAAAUUCAUCAAUGGGUGGGAUAUAAUUUGCCUGAAAAUUUAAAGGCGUCCGAAAAUCCCUGCGUGCUGUUUUGUCUGAGUGAGACAAAGCUGCUGACAUCUCUCAAGCCGAAGGUCGUCGAUGGCACAACUUGCUACAGGGGAAUACGGGACGUCUGCAUCGGAGGAACCUGCAGAGAAAUACCUUGCGACUUGGAUAUGGAAUCCAAUGCGGUUGAAGAUAUGUGCGGAGUUUGUAAGGGGGACAGCACCUCGUGCCUUCUUAAAGAAGGGACUAAAUUCAUCGCUCAACAGCCACGUCUGAAGAAAUUGCUUGACGUACCUAAAGAGGCUAAGAACAUCCGUGUGGAGAUAACCGAGCCCACAAAGGCGAGGAUAGUGGUUAGGACAAAGGGAUCGAAAAACGUGCUGAUCGACGGCAAUCGAUUGGGCAUGUUUGAUUUCCCGGGUUCAAAGGCCUGGCUUGGUAUGAUCAGAGCGAGGCAGGAGGCACUUAACAUUCCUGGACCCGUAUCCGAGGAGUUGGUGAUACUGAUAUAUCCCAAGGAAAACGUCACCCUCAAGUAUUCACUGGGUUUGAAACAAGAAACCCCUCGAAAGCCUGAAUUUUCCUGGAAUUACAUCGAUUGGACACGUUGUAAUGCACUCUGCGGUCCAGGAGAAGCAGUUUCGGUACCUAAAUGCGUGGAAAAGAUUGGAGGAGAAGUGGAGGAUACUUACUGUAAGAAAUCAACCAAGCCUGAAGAGAAAGUAAAACCUUGCAAUCAGGCACCAUGUGUCCCUAGAUGGAUGAUUGGUGAUUGGCAAGGAUGCAACCCCUGUACUCCUGGUUGCAAAAAACAGCGAGCCGUCAAAUGCAUUCGGCCAGUCGGUCACGGUGAACAAGAAGCAGACAUCAUCGCUGAGAAUUACUGCCAGGGCCCAAAGCCAAAGGAUACACAACAGUGUCUCGUACGGACACGUCGCAAUAGUGUGCAUGAUAAAUCGGACGAACUUGAUGAAACUUCUUUAGGUGUGAAAAACAGUGUACACGAACUUGACGGCAAUGAUGACGGUUCAAAGAUGGACACUGACUUGGCAGGAGAUUUCGGAGAAUUUCGAACUAAUCAGAAACAAUCAGACACGAAUGAUCGCGCAUCAAUUAUAGAAAAGAGGACCGAUCAAAGUGACAGUCAGACUACAUCGAGAAGCGUCAGCAACGUAAAGGAGGGCCAAGUGGUGUUUGACAAGGAGGACAUCAAGAACUUAACACUUACUAUAAUCCUUGAACGAGACGAGAACAACAAUAUCGUCAAUUUUCCCAAAGAUUUCAUCCCUCAACCGACGGCCAAUGAGACAGACUUCACUCUUGUUGGAAUGGAUGCGGUAAAAUAUAUCCAACGGAUCCAAGAGGAGGGCCACGCAUCGUCAGAACCUCCUUAACGCUGACUUAACUCAAUAGGGAUUUCAAUCCUGAUUACCUUGUAAAUAUGUGGUCAUAUGAACGACCGUUCGCACGUCGUUCGAAUUAUUCCCACCUUGUUCCGAAGUGAGAUUUUGCGAACUAGAUAUUGUACACAGCUUUCAAGUACAUUUAAUUCUCUUUUUUAUAGAGGUAGGAAGCAUUUCUACAUGCCAUGAUUUAGA